CAAAACUUUCGAAAUUUCUUAAUAUUUUCGGGUUUUUCGUAAUUUUUUCUUUUUAAAUUCCAGGUGAAACAUUUUCAGAAAUCUAAAAAAUAUUUGUUGGCUGAACAUUAACAAAAUGUUUUCUGCGCCAUGUCGUUCGGUCAACUUUAAUUCUCUUUCUCGACUUAACCCAAUUAUUCCCGGGCUUCAGUCACUGCGAAAAUAUGCAGGAAAAAAAUGUGGAAAGCAGUUAACUUCAAAGUGUGGAACUAUAAUAAACGACAAAUGCGGCACAACGCGUCCGACGGUAUUCCAUGUUCCCAAGCCGCCGGUCAAAAAACCGCCCCUGGUCUCAAUGUGGAAAAUAAAGGACUGUGAGCCAUCUGAUAUCUGUGUUUUGGAUCUGCGCUAUGAUAUGAAAUAUUACAGUAUAUCGGAUAAGAGAAAACGAAAAUAUCAGAUAACAUGGAACGAAUGCCCUCGCCUCCUAAUUAAGCCAAAAAAAGUCUGUGUCUACGAUAAAAUUAGGCGCCCAAAGAUCAAGCGUCGCAAGCGCAGAGCCGUCGCUAAAGGAUCCAAGGUCGCCAAAAAGGGAAAAUGUGUUUAUAUUACAGCGCCUUGCUGCAAAGUUGGACGCCGUCCACCUAAGUGCAAGAGUGCAUUCCCCAGUCUUGGAAACUGUGAAAAACGCAAGACGCCCUAUCCCAGUUUUUCCGAGUGCAAAAAGGAUCCCAUGAUACCGUUGCCUCCGGUCGAGUGUCGCUGCUUAGACCUCCCUGCCCUUUGUGAUGCUUGGGCAAUAUUACGUCGACGUAUAGCCAGGGGGAAGAAACCAAUUAAAAAGUGCGGCGAAGUCUAAGCUAAAAUCGACAUAAUCGAUUGAUAUUAACUUCUAAUUGGGAACAAACGCGAAAGGUUGAAAAUAAAGAAGUCUCACCAAGAUAACAGCAGAGCAAGUAAGAACUUCAAAUUCCAAAUUUGAAAGAAAAAAUUAAACAAUUGUAUUGGAUCUAAUGGAAACUAGUUGGUUAAAGUUCAUAUAUAAACACACGUUUGGAUAGUUGUCAUAGAAUGGUGCUGAUAUUAUCUUGGGUUCAAAGUCAAUACCAUUUGGAAAUACGGAAAGAAAAAAAACUCGAAUAAUAUAUUAUAAAUUGUUAAAUCA